CUUAAUUCAGCUUAGAAAUAUAUCAAUAUAUGUGUGUUGGAGUUUGUUGUAGCAACACACGCGCACGUAUCGCAUUUAUUUCGAAAGCUCUAACCGGAAGCAACCGCGCCGCGGCUUACUACCGCACGUCUGCUGGUCCUGCUGGCCGCCGAGGACGCAUCCAUCCCGGGCUUUGUUUUGAGUGAGCGUGCGCCUCCCCUGGAAGUGUGUCAGCGUGGACCUAAAACGCAGGAGCCGAGCUUAAGCGUCAGGGCCGGGCGUCAGAACUAAAGCCAUGACUACCACGGCGGCGCCGGCGAUGGCGCGCAUCCUCAUCAAGGGCGGCAAGGUGGUGAACGACGACUGCACCCAGGAGGCCGACGUCUACAUCGAGAACGGCAUCAUCCAGCAGGUGGGCAAGGAGCUGAUGAUCCCCGGCGGCGCCAAGGUGAUCGACGCCUCCGGGAAGCUGGUGCUGCCGGGCGGCAUCGACACCAGCGUCCACCUGGAGGAGACCUUCAUGAACGCCACCACGGCCGACGACUUCUACAGCGGCACAAAGGCUGCUUUAGCCGGCGGCACCACCAUGGUGAUGGCGCACGUUCUGCCCGAGAAGAACGAGUCCUUGCUGGACGCCUACGAGCGCUGCCGUGGCUCGGCGGACGCCAAAGCCUGCUGCGACUACGGGCUGCACGUGGGCGUGACCUGGUGGGGAGCCAAGGUGCGCGGCGAGAUGGAGAAGCUGGUGAGGGAGAAAGGCGUGAACUCCUUCCAGAUGUUCAUGGCCUACAAGGACACGUUCAUGCUGAGGGACAGCGAGCUCUUCCAGGUCCUGCAGCACUGCAAGGACAUCGGCGCCAUCGCCAGAGUCCACGCCGAGAACGGCGAGCUGGUGGCUGAGGGAGCAAAGGAAGCGCUGGAGUUGGGCAUCAGUGGCCCCGAGGGCAUUGAGAUCAGCAGGCCUGAAGAGCUGGAGGCGGAGGCGACACACCGGGCCAUCACCAUCGCCAACAGGGCUCGCUGCCCCAUCUACUUGGUCAACCUGUCCAGCGUGGCGGCAGGGGACGUGGUGGCCACCGCCAAGAUGCAGGGUCGGGUGGUCCACGGAGAGACGACCACGGCCCACGCCGUGCUGAACGGCGCCCAGUACUACCACCAGGACUGGGCCCAGGCUGCGGCGCACGUCACCCUGCCUCCCCUGCGCCUGGACCCCAACACGCCCAGCUACCUCCUCAGCCUGCUGGGCAACGACACCCUGAACGUCCUGGGCUCCGACCACCGCCCCUUCACCACCAAACAGAAGGCGAUGGGCAAGGACGACUUCACCAAGAUCCCGCACGGGGUCCCGGGCAUCGAGGACCGCAUGAGCGUCAUCUGGGAGAAAGGAGUGAUCGGAGGCAAGAUCGACGAGAAUCGCUUUGUCGCCGUCACCAGCUCCAACGCCGCCAAGAUCUACAACCUGUACCCCAGGAAGGGAAGGAUCAUCCCGGGGGCGGAUGCUGACGUGGUGGUCUGGGACCCAGAGGGCUCCAAGACCAUCUCUGUGGAGAACCAAGUCCAGGGUGGGGACAUGAACCUCUACGAAGGUCUUCGUUGUCACGGCGUUCCGUUGGUGACCAUCAGCCGGGGCCGGCUGGUCUACGAGAGCGGCAUGUUUACCUGCGCCGAGGGCUCCGGGAAGUUCUGCCCGCUGAGGACCUUCCCAGACUACCUUUACAAGAAGAUGGUUCAAAGGGAAAAGUGCCAGGCGGCGAAGCGGGUGGAGAGGGAACCGUACCAGGGCGACGUGGUCCCGGUGGCCAACGCCGGGAAGAGGGACGCAGGCGGCUCGGACCUGGACACCCCCACCCGCCCCAGCACCCGUCACGGCGGCGUGAGGGACCUCCAGGAGUCCAGCUUCAGCUUGUCAGGUGCUCAGAUCGAUGACAAGAUCCCCAAGAGAUCCUCCGCCAGGAUCCUGGCGCCUCCUGGUGGACGCUCCAGCGGCAUCUGGUAAAGAUACACCACCCCCUCGAGGACAUCCGAGAAAAACAAGCUUUCAUUAAAACACUCAUGCAUUUAUUUAUUUUUUUUUAAGCCCAGCCCAGUUUCUUCAGCUCUGAAGCAUAAAACCUUGAGUCAUAUCAAAGUUUGGAUGAAGGACUGUCAGUCCCAUCCAGAUCGUAGCAAACGUCCAUUCUUGCUCUGAUGCACGCUGCACUCUUACAUGCCUUUUACUUGAUUUUAGCUGCACUUGCUAGGACUGUGACAAGGUGUCAUGUGACCCGUCGGUCCAAGGACAGCUCGGUGCAAUUUUUAUUGUGUGAAUGCUCCAAAACAUUCACACACAUGCUUUUCUACACCUAAAUUUAUCUAUUUAUUAUUAUUAUUAUUAUUCUCAAGAUUUUGGAGCGCUCUACCUUCCACGUUUUUCACCCGAUUAAAAGCCUUCCAACUUUAAACUGUUCAGCCUAUUCGGGAAUUGCGAACUUUUCCCUUGACAAAUUCCAAAAAUUCCCAGAUUUCCCAGAAUAUUAGGUUUUCCGGGACAUUUUUUUCAUUCAAAAUGAAUUAGGCAUUUUUCAAACUUUCACUAUUUCCAAAUUUUUCAACCGAUUCAAACCAUUCCACCAUCCUUCCACCGUCAAAACAUUCCUCUUAAUCACGACAGAAAAUGGAGUUGAUUUUGAGCUAGAAAAAUUCCCAGUUUUCCCGUAAUUCCAGGAAUUCCAUAACACAAUUUCUUAAUCCAACAAGUUAAUACUUCAACAUUUCUCAACCGAUUUGAAAAAUUCCAACAUUAAAACUGUUCAGCCUAUUUGGGAAUUGCGAACUUUUCCCUUGAAAAAUUCCAAAAAUUCCCAGAUUUCCCAGAAUUCUAGGUUUUCCGGGACAUUUUUUUCAUUCAAAAUAAAUUAGGCAUUUUUCAAACUUUCACUAUUUCCACAUUUUUCAACCGAUUCAAACCAUUCCACCGUCAAAACAUUCCUCUUAAUCACGACAAAAAAUGGAGUUGAUUUUGAACUGGAAAAAUUCCCUGUUUUCCCGUAAUUCCAGGAAUUCCAUAACACAAUUUCUUAAUCCAACAAGUUAAUACUUCAACAUUUCUCAACCGAUUUCAAAAAUUCCAACAUUAAAACUGUUCAGCCUAUUUGGGAAUUGCGAACUUUUCCCUUGAAAAAUUCCAAAAAUUCCCAGAAUUCCAGGUUUUCCGGAACAUUUUUCCUUUUCAAAACGAAAUGGCCAUUUUUCAAUCUUUCACUAUUUCCACAUUUUCAACCGAUUCAAACCAUUCCAACUUCAACAUAUUCCACCAUCCUGGAAAUUGAAACUACCUUUUUUCAAAGUUAAAAACAAUUACAGGAUUUUCCAGGAUUCUCAGAUUUCCAAAGCCCUAUUUCCACCCUUUUUUCUGGCGACUACUCCUUCCUCAUUUUUCAACGCAUUUCAACCGUUCCACCGUCAAAACAUUCCUCUUAAUCAGGAAAAAAAACAAAGUUGAUUUUGAAUUGGACAAAUUCCCAGUUUUCCCGUAAUUCCAGGAAUUCCAUAAUACAAUUUGUUAAUCCAACAAGGUAAUACUUCAACAUUUCUCGGCCGGGAAUCGCGGGCUUUCCCUUGGCAAAUUACCAGAUUUCCCAGAAUUCCAGGUUUUCCGGGACAUUCUUCUCAUUCAAAAUGAAUUGGCCAUUUUUCAAACUUCCACCAUUUCCACAUUUUUCAACCGGUUCAAAACAUUCCACCAUCCUGGAAAUUCACACUACCCUUUUUCCAAGUUAAAAAGAAUUCCAGGAAUUUCCAGAAUUCCCAGUUUUCCAAAGCCCUAUUUCCACCGUUUUUUCUGGCGAUUACUCCUUCCACAUUUUUCAACCCACUUCAACUCCUUCCACCGUCAAAACAUUCCUCUUAACCAGAACAAAAAACAAAGUAGUUUUUUGAACUUGAAAAAUUCAGUUUUUUCCAAAAUUCUAGGAAUUCCAUAGUACAAUUUCUUAAUCCAAUAAGUUAAUAGUCCAACAAUUCUUGACCGAUUUGAAAAAUUCCAACUUCAAACUGUUCAGCUUAUUCGGGAACUGUGAACUUUUCCCUUGACAAAUUCCCAAAAUUCCAGGUUUUCCGGGACAUUUUUCCCAUUCAAAAGGAAUUGGCCAUUUUUCAAACUUCCACCAUUUAGACAUUUUUAAACCGAUUCAAACCAUUCCACCUUCAACAUAUUCCAUCAUCCUAGAAAUUUCAACUACCUUUUUUCAAAGUUAAAAAAUUCCAGAAUUUUCCAGAAUUCCCGGUUUUCCAAAGCCCUAUUUCCACCCGUUUUUCUGGCGACUACUACUUCCACAUUUUUCAACCCACUUCAACUCCUUCCACCGUCAAAACAUUCUUCUUAAUCAGGAAAAAAAACGAAGUUGAUUUUGAACUGGAAAAAUUCACAGUUUUCCCGUAAUUCCAGGAAUUACAUAAUACAAUUUCUUAAUCCAACAUGUUAAUACUUCAACAUUUUUUGACCGAUUUGAAAAAUUCCAACUUCAAACUGUUCAGCCUAUUCGCGAAUUGCGAACUUUUCCCUCGACAAAUUCCAAAUAUUCCCAGAAUUCCAGGUUUUCCGGGACAUUUUUCCCAUUCAAAAUGAGUUGCCCAUUUUUCAAACUUCCACCAUUUCCGCAUUUUUCAACCGAUUCAAACCAUUCCACCUUCAACAUAUUCCAUCAUCCUGGAAAUUUAAACUACCAUUUUUCAAGGUUAAAAAAAAUUCCAGGAUUUCCCCAAAAUUCCGUAAUACCAUUUCUCAAUUCAACAUGUUACUACUUCAACAUUUAUCGACCGAUUUGACGCCGACCUAGCAAAGAGGCGGAGUUUACAUGUUCGAGAUGUUGAAGUGUGAUGAUAAUAUCACAUUGUCCUUUAUUUAUUUAUACAUCAUGCUCAACAGUUCACACAUGUUCUUAACGACAUUAAGGAAGACCUUGGUGGUGUUUCUAUAGAUAUGUUUAAGGUUAUAAUUAAUUAAAAGAGUACAAUUAUUUGAUAAUAAGCUGUGUGUGGUAUAAAAUUAGUAAAACAACACGCUUUGUUUCCCUAUUAUUGUUGGAAUCUUGCACUUUUCGAGGUUACAAAUUGACAAGGGAGUCAUAAAAAAUGACAAGUUGAUCCAUCUUUGAAAAAAUACACGCCGCAAAACGCCACCCCUCCCCCGCCCGUCCAACACAUCAAGCUUUUUGUUAUUGGAUUUUUUGCACCUGCACCGAAUGUGGAAAACGAGAACGUGGCGCGCAGGAAUAGAAAAGCACUAAUUGUCUUCACCCUUGGCCGAUGCAAAAAAAAAUAAAAAAUAAAAAAAGUCUCACCUGAACUGCCUUUUUAUCACGCGAGACACCUGGUUUUGUACCGUCUGUUGAUUAUUCCGUCAUCCACUCCAAAACAGUCCCUCUUCAUGUGGCACUGAGCAUCCCGAUACGAUAAUGAUAUCGAGCCGAUAUCAGCGCUAGAAAAACAAUUUCUUGUGUUUUAGUGGGGUCAGUCACAAAAGGUAAACAUGCUGGGCAAUUAUUAGGCUACUGGGAGCUAGAAAGUCACAUUUCUUUAUACAGCACCUAUCACGCACUAAAAGCCGUAAAAAUGGUAAAUAAAAACAGAAUACAAUGAUUUGCAAAUCCUUUUUAAAUAGAUUGCAAAGACAAGAUACUUAAUGUUCACACUGAAAUAAUGUGGCUUGGCAUUGUCUUGCUGAAAUAAGCAGGGGCGUCCAUGACAACGUUGCUUGGAUGCUCCAAAAACUGUAUGUACCUUUCAGCAUUAAUGGUGUAAGUUACCCAUACCUUGGCCACUAAUACACCCCAAUACCAUCACACAUAAUGGCUUUUACACUUUGCGCCUAGAACAGUCCGGAUGGUUCUUUUCCUCUUUGUUCCGGAGGACACGACGUCCACAGUUUCCAAAAACAAUUUGAAAAUGUGGAUUUAUCAGACAACAGAACACUUUUCCACUUUGUAUCAAUCCAUUUUCGGUUUUAGCGUUUCUGGGUGUUGUUGAUAAAUGGCUUUAGCGUUACGUAUUAGAGUUUUAACUUGCACUUAAAGAUGUAGCGACCAACUGUAGUUACUGACAGUAGUUUUCUGAAGUGUUCCUGAGCCCAUUUGGUGAUAUCCUUUACACACUGACGUCACUUUUUGAUGCAGUACCGCCUGAGGGAUCCAAGGUCACGGGCGUUCAAUGUUGGUUUUCGGCUUUGCCGCUUAUGUGCAGUGAUUUUGAUGAUAUUACAGAGCCUAGAUGGUGAAAAACAUAUCUUAUGUGGUACUGUCCAAAUUAAAAUAGCAAAAAAAAAAAACAUAAUAAACGCGGGAAAAAAAAGAACUAAAAUAUUUCAACUCACAAUUUGUACCACCUGUUCGACGCCGUAUAGCCCCUCGUCGGUAUAACCUUAGUGUGCUAGUGUUAGCGUGCUAACAAGUAAAAGACUGGCAUACUUUAAAUUUGAUGCCAAAAAAGAACCCAUGAUUAUUGGGUUAAAAAGUACAAAAUUAGCUAAGAUGUUAGCAUGAAAUAUUAGCACGCUAACCUUAGCAUGGUAACAGGGAAACAGCUGGCAUACAACCUUAUAUAUAACCUUAGUGUGCUACUUUUUAGGAGCUAAAUUAGCUAAAAUGCUGAAAUAUAACCUUAGUGUGCUAGUGUAACAGGUAAAAGACUGACAUACAUUAAAAAUUUGGUGCCAGGUUAAAGAACUCAUGAUUAUUGGGUUUAAAAAGUACAAAAUUAACUCAAAUGUUAGCAUGAAACAUUAGCAUGCUAACAGGGAAACAGCUAACGUACUUCCAAAAUGGCACCAAGUAACAAAAGCCAUGAUUGUUGUUUACCAUGUAGUAAAUUAGCUAAAAUGCUGAAAUAUAAUUUUGGUGUGCUAGUGUUAGCAUGCUAACAGGUAAAACACUGGCAUACUUUUUAUAUGCUAAAUUAGCUAAAAUGCUAAAAUAUAACCUCAGUGUGCUAGUGUAACAAGUAAAAGACUGGCAUACAUUAAAAUUUGGUACCAAGUUAAAAAGUACGAAAUUUGCAAAAGUGUUAGCAUGAAAGAUUAGCAUGCUGUUUGUAAGUUAGCGCUCCGCCAUUAUUUACAUCCACUAACGUCUCACACUGGCUUAAAGGAGCUGUAAAACUGGACAAAUACCACUAAAAUGGAAAUAAAAAUAAGACCACACGACAAAUCCGCUCACUCGGACCUUAUUAUUAGCAGCUACGCAACGGCCGAGCACACAAUAGCACACAAGCUAGACAUGUAAAAACCACAAAUAAUACUUGCCGAUAUAAACAAGUAUCACAUAAGUUGCAUAUUACUUCAACAUACAAAGUCUCCGAGGCGUAUUAGAACGUUUUCAGUAACAAGCGUGUCCGCAUCAUUUGAAGGUAGGAUGCCACAAAAAAAAAUGACCACUCCACGUCAACUUAAAGACAGCAUAAGCCCGUUCCAGACGGUUAAUAAUGAAUAUGUUAGUGUUUUUUUUCAUACCUUCGUAACUUUUCCAACGCAACUAAACAAAAGUGCGUGACGACUCCUGCUGAUAUCGGAUCAAUAUCUGUAUCGCAACACCUAAUCCUUUAACUACUACUGAUUAUUUACGACCAAGGUUUUCCUACUACUGUGUAUUUGUGUUCCGCUACUGUGUGCUUGUGUUGGAGUUACCUUUGUGGAGAAUGCACACCGUGUGCAACUCCUUUUUGUUUGUUUACACUUUUAAGAGUUGGUUCUUUGUACGAAACAAACAAACAAACACUGGUGCUGAACAUUGUUGUCACUUUGUAUCUUCUUUAUUUCCUUCUCGCAGGGUUUUUGUCACAUUUUGAGUGCAAAUAAAUGACUGAAACAGA